UUAACCAGUUUUUUCAAGUAGAAUUUUGAGCUCUUUUCAAUAUACCAUGUCGAAAUUUUUUCGGAGUUAUGGAAAGACCCUACAGAAAUAUCCCAUUGUGGUACAAUCCAUUCAAGUUGGUUUUCUUAUGAGUGCUGGUGAUGCGAUUGCACAAAAAUGCUUCGAACAACGUGUCAAUGAAAAACCCUUCGAUUAUGAGAGGAACAGGAAUUUUUUAUUACUGGGAACCUUUAUUAUUGGGCCCUCUUCAAGUGUGUGGUUCUCUGUAUUGGACCGUUAUAUAAAAGGGAGACCUGCAGAAAGAGCUAUAAAAAAAGUAAUUUGUGAUCAAUUUAUAUUCGCUCCUUGCUUUUUAGCGGUAUUUCUCAUGCUCUUGGAAACUAUGAAACGACGAUCGAUUACUGAAGCCAGGAAAGCUGUAGGUGUAUAUUAUUUUGAUAUUUUAAAGGUAAACUAUGCUGUUUGGCCUUUUGUACAGCUUUGCAAUUUUUAUUUGAUACCAGUGAACUAUCAGACUCUAUUUGUCCAAUGUAUCGCUUUAGGCUGGAAUAUUUAUAUUUCCUAUAAAAGUCAUGCAAAAUAAAAUGUAAGGAUUGA